AUGAUAACAAGUCUACUGCUAGUGUUAACCUUCGCACCCGUAGGUGCUUCCAGUCGCCAUCUGGAGAGGGACGAAAAGUCAGACGAGCCGAUAAUCGCGAGGAAAAUUAGUCUCCACGACGAGGAAGUGAAAAAAGGCGGAAGUUAUAAUCUACUUUCCGACCUGAGUCGUUCGAACAAAAUAAUGAAAGUCGGCGAAAAGAUAUCUGAUGAAAGUAUUCUUAGACGUCGUCUUCGUCCCAGGAUCAGCAUCCCGAAAGAGCUCGACUGGCGGAAAAGGGGAUUCGUGACACCGUCGUGGAACCAGAAAAACUGUUCUGCUUGCUAUGCGUUCAGCGUUGCUGCUUCCAUUCAAGCUCAAAUGUUCAUCAAAAGAGGAAAAUACGAACCUCUUAGCAAACAACAGAUCGUGGACUGUUCGUACAAUAACGGAAACCUCGGUUGCAACGGAGGAACAUUCCUGAACACCCUCCUCUACGUCCAAAGACACGGACUGAUGACCGAGAAAGAUUAUCCAUACGACGGAAACCAAUCUGCGUGCCGAUUCGAGUCGAACAAAGUUUCAGCUAAAAUCAAAUUCUGGAACGUCCUGCCUGCUGGGGACGAAGACGGAUUGAAAACCGCCCUGGCGAAUUACGGGCCCAUCCCAGUGGCGAUUAAUUCCAGACCUGAGACGUUCAAACUGUACGAAAAAGGGAUUUACGACGAUCCGGAAUGCACGGGACAUUCCAUGAACCAUGCCGUCCUAUUGGUCGGCUAUACCGAAGAUGCCUGGAUCAUUAAAAAUUGGUGGAGUGACGAAUGGGGCGAAAGUGGUUACAUGUAUCUCAAAAGGGGGAAAAACAUGUGCGGAAUUUCUAAUUAUGCUGUCUAUGUGAAAGCAUAGAUAUUUUAUGCACAAUUUUUAACAAAGAUUUCAAACAAUUCUGCUACCUAAGCUUAGCAUAAGUUA